AUGAGUUCGCUCCGAGUACAAAAGCGGCUCGCUUCAUCAAUCUUACGAUGUGGUAAUAAAAAAAUCUGGCUUGAUCCAAAUGAAGCCAAUGAAAUUGCCAAUGCCAACACUCGCCAAAGUGUACGUAAAUUAAUUAAAGAUGGUUUAAUUAUAAAAAAACCAGUUGCAGUACAUUCACGUUUUCGUACACGUAAAAAUAAUGAAGCUCGUCGUAAAGGUCGACAUAUGGGUCAUGGUAAACGAAAAGGUACUGCCAAUGCACGUAUGCCAACUAAGAUCCUUUGGAUCCGUCGUAUGCGUGUUUUACGUCGUUUAUUGAAAAAAUAUCGUGCAGCUAAAAAAAUUGAUCGUCAUUUAUAUCAUGAACUCUAUUUGAAAUGCAAGGGUAAUGUCUUCAAAAACAAACGUGUAUUAAUGGAAUUUAUUCAUAAGAAGAAAGCUGAAGUACAACGUACUAAGAUGCUUUCUGAUCAAGCUGUUGCUCGUCGUGAACGUACAAAAGAAAAACGUACUCGACGUGAACAACGUAUUCUUCAAAAACGUACUGAACUUUUGGGUAAACAAGACGAUGACGAUACAAAUGUAGCUGUUCAACAAGCUAUUCAACAACAAGCUCAAACAGCUGUUGUAGCACCAGCACCAGCUCCAGUACCAGCAACACAAUCACAACCAGCACAAAAAAAACCAAGUACUAAACAAGAAAAGAAACAACAACAACAACAAAAAACACAAGCACAACCUCAACAAACACAACCAAAAAAGAAAUAA